UGACUUUUUGUAUAUGUGUAGGAUUCAAAUAGGGAUUAAUUACUACUUACUCAAUCCUUUAUUUAUUUACACCAAAUGACCAUAACAGAAAGCGAGUGUUUUACUGGUCAGUUGAUUAAUUCUAGGUGAAUGGGAUCGAUGUUUAGAAAGAGAAGAUAUUGCAAUGAUGACAGAUCUGAUAAAUCGUAAUUAUUUACCAGACAAGGAGCAGCUAAAGAGAACUUGCAAGGUAUUUUCAAGAACUUCAAUCGUAAUUGGUAUUAUUACUACCAAAAUCUGUGAAACCAUUAAACGCAGAAAUAAUAACAAAGUCAAAUGUGUUUGGGCAGCAUUCGAACCUCACAAUGAAAAUCAUAUCGUAUUUGUGAUUGUAACGAAGAAGUCAAAUACAGAUUUAGACUUUAAACCAGAAUAUGACGUAAAAUAUCGUAAAGACGGCGAUUUUAGUUCUGAGAGUAAGGAGGUAAUUCUCCAAGAAAGCGAUCGAGGUUUAUUUCCAGAAGAGCAUGAGAUCAUUAACAUUCAAGAGUGUAUUAAUAAGUACACAUCAAAACUGAUGGAAAAACAUUCUAAUUUAACAAUAAUUUCAGCAAGUCUUUUAAAAUGCAAGGGAUAUGGAACACAAAAAUGCAUAAAGGAGAGUAAAGCAUGUAUAGUUUUGCAUGUACACAUUAAGGGUCUGAUACCUUUAAGGGAAUCGGUGUUUCCAACACAUUUAGAUGGCUUCGAAGUAGAUGUACGAGAGGGGUGUUUUCAGCUAGACUCUGGAAAAGGCCCGCAUCAUAAACAUCAGAAUGUGAAAAUGGGAUGCGGAAUCAAAGCAAAAGAACGAGACGAUUGUGGUACAUUGGGUGGAUUCCUUGAACAUCCAAAAUAUGGUCUUUGUGCCUUAACAUGUGCCCAUUUAUUCAUUGACGAAACACCACCAGGAAACGUAAAGAAAACGUUCGAUCAGGAGGGUAUUGAAUGCAUGCAACCCUAUCAUGAGUAUGGCAACACGGAGGGAAACAGAUUUGGUAUGCUAAAAUUGAUUUUUACGGGGGAGCGACGAUCAGUCAGAGAAUAUCCCGUAAGCUUGGACUAUGCAUUGAUUGCUGUCGACCAAAAUCGAAAACCUUUAGACGGAUCAUUUCCAUAUGCCAAACCGGAAGAAUGGUCAGAUGCAGGAUUCAAGAAAUAUCCACCCACUUUCGAAACAGGCAAAGUUAUCGAUUUUCAUGAACUAAUCCAAAAACGAAGCCGCCACAAUGUUGUCAAAUAUGGUUCGACAUCAAUUCUGACUUGCGGAAAAAUACCAUGGAAUGCAGGCCAAUACAGAAGCAUUGGCAAUGAGAAGGUUUGGAAAAAUCAGAUCCAAAUAAAUGCAACAAAAAAUGUAGCGGAUGAGGUCUUUUCUAAAAGCGGAGAUUCGGGAGCUUUAGUUUUCCACGCCGACGACGAAGAUAACUUAACCGCUGUAGGACUGUUGGUUGGUGGUAACGGCGAUCUAGGAUUUUCACUUGCUACACCAAUAUGCGAUAUUCUUGCAGAUAUCAACAUACAGAAUCUGAAAAGAUUCAAUGUCCAAGAUGAUUCCAAUAACGGGAUUAUAUAUCCGUCAAACUCUACAGUCACUACACCAGAAAAUAGCUCUUUCGACCAUUGUUGUAGAAAGCUCUUUGCUCCAAUUAUAUCAUUGUGGCGGCGUUUAUUUCCAGAACAAGAAAGAAAACCUAAACUUAAACGAGACUGAUUUUACAUAGAUAAGGCAAAAUGGUAUCGCAUGACAUUUAUGAUGUCUUAUCUGAAGCUCUUUUGCUCGUAUCUGUAAUGUUAUUUUCUUGUCAUAAAAGUUGGUACAGGUUUUCCAGUAAAUAUUACUUCCUUAGAUUUUCGGACAAACUACUGUUGAUCAUAAACGUGGACAAAUGAAUUUUCAGAACCUAAAUCACUUCAAUUGUACUUUAAGCGUUAAGGUAUUUAACUUAUGUAAACAUUAAUUCUAACAUGGCUCGAUUUGAUUUCUAGUUAAAACAAAGAAGAAAAUCUAGUUCUGAAUAUCCUGCGAUAAACAACGGUUGACGCGCGGACCGGUAAGAGAGCAUUAUGACGUCAAUUAUGACGUCAUAUUGCCGCCUUACGUCCGAUACAUUACUCCUCGCGUAAAUGAAGUCCAGCAUAAUAUUUAUAAAAAUAUAUUAAUUAGCAUGUCAGAAUGAAAACAACCAAGGCCUUCUUGUGAUUUAUCGUCUUAUUUACUAGGGUUCGUCGUUCAGAUGCUUCAGUAUUUAACCACUCGGGCCUCGUGGUUCAAUUCCUACGCAUCUAAACACUGAACCCCGGUAAAUCAGACGAUAAACCACUCGAAGGCCUUGAUUAUUUGUUAAUUAAAAUGACUCAUUCUAUAAUUAUCAAAUGGCGAGGUGUAUUCUAUGUUGCAAAAGUUGUGUGUGUUUCUGAUGGCAUGGAUUGAAAACAACGUGGCAAGUAGGUGCCAGUUUUCAAUUACACAGAGAUAAUAUAAAAAAAUAACCUAUCCAUACAUGUCCUUUACACAAAAACGUACGAGGUAGGGGGGCUGAAACAAGUCGGUGGGUAAAUAAAACUGUCCGUCUGACUACCAGUAAAAUAUCUGUCAUUGACUCGGUACACUGUGUAAACAUACAUUAAAGAGUUGCUGCUAGUUAAGUAUUGUCGAGAUACUCACUAAAAGGGCGAUAACUUUAUUAGCUCACCUGUCACUUAGUGACAAAGUGAGCUUUUGUGACCGCUUAAUGUCCGUCGUGCGUCGUCCGUCGUGCGUCGUGUGUCAAAAUUUGUAAAAAAGAUACUCACACCAAACUUCACAGGAAUGAUCCUUGGGUUGCCUCCUUCCGAAAUUGCCCAAAGAAUUUAAUUCCUUGCAGAACUGUGGUUGCCACGGCAACCGAAAGGAAAAACUUUGAAAAUUUUCUUGUUAGAAACUGUUAGCCGGAUAUAAAAAUGAUAUCUAUGUGACCUUCUACCAAAAUUGCCUAAGCCAUUCUGUUUCGGUAAAACACAUGGCCGCCGGGGGCCGGGGCUUAUUUUCCGUAUAUGGCUAUAUUGUAAAUUUCAAAAAUCUUCUUCAAAACCACUGGACAAAUUUACUCUAAACUUCACAGAAAUGAUCCUUCGGUGCCUCCCUAUCAAAAUUUCCCAAAGAAUUGAAAUCCAUGCAGAACUCUGUUUGCCAUGGCAACCGAAAGGAAAAACUUUAAAAAUAUUCUUGUCCAACACCACAGUAGCUAGGGCUUUGAUAUUUGGUAUAUGGCAUCAUCUAAUGGUCUUCUAACAAGUUAGUUCAAAUUAUCUUCCUAGGGUCAAAUAUGGCCCCACCCUGGGCGUCAUAUGGUCUACAUAGACUUACAUACGAAAAACUUUGAAAUUCUUCUUGUCCAAAACCACAGAGCUUAGGGCUUUGAUAUUUCUUAUGUAAUAUCAUCCAGUGGUCCUCUACUGAGAUUGUUCAAUUUAUCCCCUAGGGUUAAAUAUGGCCCGCCACGGGGUCAAAUUAAUUGUUUAUAAAGACUUAUAUAGGGAAUAACUUUGAAAAUCCUUCUGUUCAAAACCAUAGGGCCUAGGGCUUUGAUAUUUGGUAUGUAGCAUCAUCAAAUAGUCCUCUACAAGGUUUGUUCAAAGUAUCCCCCCUAGGAUCAAAAGUAUCUCCCUAGGAUCAAGGUAUGGCCCCGCCCCAAGUGUCAUAUGGUUGAUAUAGACUUAUAUGUGGAAAAUCUUUGAAACUCUUCUUGUCCAAAACCGCAGGGCUUAGGGCUUUGAUAUUUAGUAUGUAGCAUCGUCUAUUGGUCCUUUACCAAGUUUUUUCAAAUUAUCCCCCUAGGGUCAAAUAUUGCCCCGCCCAGGCCGGGGUCACAUGGUUUAGAUAGACUUGUAUAGGAAAAACUUUAGAAAUCUUCUUAUGUGAAACUACUAGACCUAGGCCUUUGAUGUUUUGAAUGCAGCAUUGCCUUAUGGUUCUCUACCAAGAUUGUUCAAAUUAUUACCCUGGGGUGAAAAAAGUCCCUUCCCUUAGGGUUUACAGUUUUACAUUAUAUUUAUAUGGGAAAAACUUAAAAAAUCUUCUAAUAUGAAACUGGAAGGCCUAGGCUUUUGAUAUUUGGUAUGUCGCAAUGCCUAGUGGUCCUCUGUACCAAGAUUAUUCAAAUUAUGCCCCUUAGUCGAAAAGAGGCCCCACCCAGGGAGUCCCAAGUUUUACAUAUAUAAGAAAAAAAUAAAAAUAAUCUAGGCCGAAGGCCUUUCAUAUUUGGUAUGUAUCAUUGCCUAGUUGAUUUCUAACAAGAAUUUUGAAUUAUGCCCGGCCCCUGGGGUGAAAAGAGGCCCUGCUCCAACCUACUUUCUUGUUUUGUAAAAUACAGCCUUGAAAUUUGGGUGGCAUGUACAGUUUUGCACACUGAUCUUAAACUGACUUUCAGUGACCAUAAAUGUGACCUACUGACCUACUUUAAUAUUUUAGCAUCUGUUUGACAUUUGAUUUAUAUAGCUCAUAUUGAUCAGGUGAGCGAUCCAGGGUCAUAAUGACCCUCUUGUUAUUAUUCACGACAGAAUGAAGGUCAUUGUACUUUUCAGUUUCUGUUAUUGACAUAUGUCGUUAUAGCAAAAAUCAUUCAAUUUCAUUUAUUUGAUUCCCUGCAGUUUUCAUAAAUAACAAAAAGAAUAUCAAAAAUUAAGUAGAGUUAAACAAUAAAAGUUAUGUUUAGAAUGUCUAUUUGCUGUAAGAACUCUUAAGUCUACAUGAAAUUCCAGUGUUAUAUCUUGACUAUCGGUAGAUCUAUCUUUUUUAAAAAAUGACACAUUUUAAGUGAAAAAGAGCUAUUAUUUUAUCAAAAUAAAACAUGAAUUUAAUGAUUUGAUGGAUAAACUUGCAAAAUGAACCUAAAGGCUUUUUGUAAAGUUUCAGUCCAUUCAUAUGUUUCAGAAAUGUUGAAGGAAAUGUCAAUUCUCGGACAUUUUCUGAGUUCAAAAUCAUUAAUGGAGAAUAAUUAGCUAAAACAAGACUCAAAAGUUCUUGACCUGGUGUAUGACAUAGUGAGCAUUUUAAUACACAACAGAGUUGUUGUAAAAAUAAAUACAUGCUCCUAAAUACAUGUUUGAUAUUUAGCAUGCACUUUUUUCAUCAAUAUGCUGUUUAAAUAUUUAUGUAAAAUUUUAGGCCAUGACGUUUUGUAAAUUUACAUAGAUCUUGAAAAAAUCUCCCUUGUUUUCUGUUUUGCUAUUUUAUUUCAUGUGUGGCCAGACCUGACCAUUGAAAAUAAUUUAUUAAAGAUAUUUAGAGAUAUUUUUCAUGUCUGUAAUUUAACUGUCACCUUAAUGAUUUCAUUUUUAGUUAUAUUGAAUUUUGUAGAUUUUUUAGAAGACAUGAUCUCUUGUAUUUCUUUAAAAAUGACCCUAAAAUGUCCUGUGAAGACCCGAUGUGGCGGCCUAUUGAAUAUUUUUGGGAAAUUUGUGUCAUUUAUAUGUCAUUUUUGACACUUAAUUUGAAUCAUUAUUUGUAUUUUGAAAUGUACUGAUAAGAUGUAAUGUUCUCAUAAGUUUAUGUUUGUGUAAUUGGUUUUUGAUAAUUCUUCAUAUUUCUUGCAUUUGUUGAGAAAGGUUAUACAUAUUUGGGAAAAUGUCAUUGAACAAUCAGAUUUCAACAUUUUUUGGUACUUUUCUGUAAAUAUGGGCUUAUCAGUUAUUUCUUUGCGAGUCUAAUUCAUACUUUGGACAUUUCACUUCUUCCAGGACUAGGAAGUAUUGAAAAUUAAGUGCAAAUUUUAAGAACAUUGGACUUUAUUAGUCCCCUACUGGUUGAAAACCAGUUUCGGGGACUAUAGGAAUGCGCUUUUCCGUCAUUCCGUCCAUCCGACUGUCCGUCCGUCCGUCCGCAAUUUCGUGUCCGGUCCAUAACUCUAUCAUCCAUGAAGGGAUUUUAAUAUUACUUGGCAUAAAUGUUCCCAAUGAUGAGGCGACGUGUCUUGCGCAAAACCCGGACCCCUAGCUCAAAGGUCAAGGUCACACUUGGAGGUCAAAGGUCAACAGGGCUUUUUUAAUGUCCGGUCCAUAACUCUCCUAUCCAUGAAGGGAUUUUAAUAUUACUUGGCACAAAUGUUCCCCAUGAUGAGAUGACGUGUCAUGCGGAAAACCUGGACCACUAGCUUAAAGGUCAAGGUCACAAUUGGAGGUCAAAGGUCAACAGGGCUUUUUUCCUGUCCGGUCCAUAACUCUCCUAUCCAUGAAGGGAUUUUAAUAUUACUUGGUACAAAUGUACCUCAUAAUAAGACGAUGUGCCUUGCGCAACUUUCAGACCCCUAGCUCAAAGGUCAAGGUCACACUUAGCAGUCAAAUGUUAACAUAGCAUGAACAAAGUCUGUUUCGUGUCCGGUCCAUAACUCUGACAUUCAUUAAGGGAUUUUAAUAUCACUUGGCACAAGUGUUUCCCAUGAUGAGACAACGUGUCAUGCGCAAAUUCCGGACCCCUAGCUCAAAGGUCAAGGUCACAAUUGGGGGUCAAAGGUCAACAGAGUUUCUUUCCUGUCCGUCAUUAACUCUGCCAUCCAUGAAGGGAUUUUAAUAUUACUUGGCACAAAUGUUUCCCAUGAUGAGACAACAUGUCAUGCGCAAAGCCCAGACCCUUAGCUCAAAGGUCAAGGUCACAAUUGGAGGUCAAAGGUCAAUAAGGUUUUUUUCCUGUCCGAUCCAGAACUCUGUCAUCCAUCAAGGGAUUACAAUAUUACUUGGCAUAAAUGUUCCCCAUGACGAGACGAUGUGUCAUGCGCAACACCCAGUACCCUAAGUACCCUAGCUAAAAGGUCAAGGUCAAACUUUGAGAUCAAAGGUCAAGAGGAUUUUUUCUUGUUCGGUCUAUAACUUUGUCAUGCAAAACAGGAUUUAGAUAUCAGUUGGCACAAAUAUUCCCCUGGAUGAGACAACAUGUCAUGCGCAAAACCCAGGCCCAAGGUCUAAUGUCAAGGUCACA